AUGAAUAGAGAAAUUGUUUCAAAAAGUAUUCUCAAAACUCUCGAAGCUGUCUUCAAUGUGAAUCCAUCGCAAGGGGAUGAAAAUAUUAAACAUUCCGUCAAAUUGCUUGCAUACAUAAUCUCCAAAAAUGCGGACUACAAAAAAGCGCUGAUGAGUGUGGGAGAGUUUCACGAGAAAGAUUUGGAGACAAGCUCGAGAUUUCUCACCCUUGGCGCAAAAGUUGUUUCCGAAUUAGCGCAAAUGGUUGAAAACUACUCAAAUGAGAAUAAAUGGCACAGUUUCGUUUUCGAGGUAAUGGCAAGACAUGAGAAAUAUCAUGUCACAUCCGAUCAUUUUGAGGCUUUCGUGCAUCAUGUUCGAGAUUUCGUCUACGAGAAUACAGUUGUUGAAGAGGACGCGCGACGAGCUUGGGAUCAAUUGUGCACUGAUUUCUGUGAGCAAACGAGAAUGCAAUUGGCAUUGUUGGGACUAAAAGAUCGUGUAAAGCACAACCAAAAUGGAGUACCCAAACCAUCA